AUGUUCAUCUGCAGCUACGAAACAUCUAGCGAGGCUUGUGGGUUUUCGAAUGUCGAGAACCUGGCUCGACUACAAGAGUGCUUGAAGGGCCAAGCAUUGGAAGCAGUUCGUAGUAGGCUCCUACUUCCAGACGCAGUUCCACAGAUCAUUGAGACUCUCCGGAUGUUGUACGGUCACCCGGAGCACCUUCUAAAUAUGCUAUUGGUGAAGGUGAGAAAGGCUCUCCCACCGAGAGCAGAUCGUUUGAUAACGUUCAUCAAUUUCGGGAUGAUUGUCCAGCAGCUUGCAGAUCACCUGGAAGCAACGAAGCUUACUUCUCAUCUUCUGAAUCCCAUGCUGAUUCAGGAGAUUACCGAAAAGUUGCCCGCAAGUACACAACUUGAGUGGGUGCGGUAUAGAAGGAGAGACCGUGUAGUCACGAUUCGAACUUUAGCCAACUAUCUGUCCGCAAUCGUGAAAGACGCCAGCGAGGUGACGUCAUACUGUGAAGCACCUGUAGUUGUAGACCACGCCAAUCGAAAGUCCAGAGGAAAGGAUAAAGAGCACGAAGGUUUCCUCCAUGCCCACUGUGGACAAGAAAACGCCAACAAAACUCAGGCGCCGAGGGUGAGAAAGCCAUGUAUGAUUUGCGACCGUACUGAUCACCGGGUAAGAAAUUGUGUAGCCUUCCGGAACCUCUCCGUACCACAUCGUUUGGAAGCGGUGCGUAAAUGGAAGUUGUGCUCCAUGUGUCUCAAUGAGCAUGGAAAUGCCCGCUGUAAGCUGAAUUUCCGCUGUAAUGUCGGGACCUGUAGAGAGCCUCACCAUCCUUUACUCCACGCGGCAGGCCCGGAAUCGGGAUCGAACUGCAACUUUCAUUCGUUUCAACGCAAGCAAUCGGUAAUUUUUCGAAUGAUUCCGGUCACAUUGCACUGGGGAAAUCAUACAGUGAACACAGUGGCUUUCCUGGACGAGGGGUCGUCCUACACAUUGGUGGAGAAGUCGGUGGCUAGCGCUCUUAGGACGAAUGGUGUAACGCAACCACUUCGUGUGACGUGGACGGCUGGAAUGUCCCGAUUGGAAAGGGACUCGCAGAAAGUAGAACUGUAUAUUUCGGCUCGAGGUUCAAGUCGCCGGUUCCACAUAAAAGCAGCUCAUACCGUGGAUAACUUGAGGCUUCCCCAGUCGACGCUAGCCCUGACGGAAGUAGUCAAGCAGUAUCCCCAUCUUCAAGAUCUAUCCGUGGUGGAUUUCCAACAUACUGUUCCGCAAAUUCUGAUCGGACUGAAAGACGUUCACUUGUGUGCACCGUUAGAAUCACGAAUCGGGAAAGCGGAAGAGCCAAUCGCUGUGCGGUCCAAGCUUGGUUGGACCAUAUUCGGACCUGCAAGCGGUGGUGUUGAGUCGAGCAUCGUUGGUCAUCAUGCGUGCAGCAGUGUUUCGAACGAGGACCUCCACGAUCUGUUGAAGAGCCACUACACGCUAGAAGAGUCUGGCAUUUCGGUUGCGCUGCUACCGGAAAGCGAAGAGGAUAGGAGAGCGAAAGAUAUCCUGACGCAAACGACGGUCUCGGAGUACCUAACCAAGGGCUAUGCGCACAAAGCUUCAGAGUUGGAGCUAGCAGACACCAACCAGAGUAAGGUGUGGUAUUUGCCAUUGAACGUGGUUAUUAAUCCGAAGAAACCGGGUAAAGUCCGCCUUGUUUGGGACGCAGCUGCGGCUGUAGCUGGGGUGUCCCUGAAUUCAAAACUCUUGAAGGGUCCCGAUAUGCUGACUGCUCUCCCAGCAGUUAUUUGCAAGUUUCGAGAGAAAAAAGUGGGUUUUGGUGCAGACAUCAAAGAGAUGUAUCAUCAGUUGAAAAUUCGAAAAGAAGAUAAGCAAGCGCAGAGGUUCCUGUUCCGAGAGAAUCCAGCCAGCGCUCCGGAGGUAUUUAUUAUGGACGUUGCUACCUUUGGGGCGACCAGUUCACCUUGCUCCGCCCAGUUUGUGAAGAACAUGAAUGCAAAGGAGUUCGCAGGGCGGUUUCCAGAGGCAGCGAGAGCGAUUCUAGAGAACCAUUAUGUCGAUGAUUAUUUCGAUAGCACGGAGACAGUCGAGGAAGCAGUGAAGCUGGCGAAGGAGGUAACGUUUGUUCAUUCAAAGGGCGGCUUCGAGCUUCGAAAUUGGGUCUCUAGUUCAGAGGUGUUCCUGCGAGAAAUGGGGGAGACAAAAGAAAAUCAAUGUGUUCAUUUUAAUCAAGACAAGGAAACAGGGCAAGAAAGGGUCUUGGGGAUAGUGUGGAAUUCAGUAAGCGACGAGUUUACGUUCUCAGCAAGGUUACGUGAAGAUUUGCUACCGUACCUGAUAGGAGAGAGGCGGCCCACGAAAAGGGGGGUCAUGAGCUGCAUCAUGAGCUUGUUCGAUCCCAUUGGGUUUUUGGCUUCCUUCACUAUUUAUGGAAAAAUGCUUAUUCAAGAUCUUUGGCGCAGUGGAUGUGCCUGGGACCAGCAGAUCAACGACGAGUGUAGCGAGAAAUGA